AUGACCCCCCGACCCCCACUCAGCUCGCGCACCACCGCCUUCUCCGAGGCCUCACACGCAACCUCCCUGUUCUCGUCGCACCGCUCCGGUCAGACCACAGCCAUGACCUCGCCGGACCUCGAUCUCUCCACACCCAAGAAGGGCUGGUUACACGGCUCCGGCGUGGGCAAGAUGGACAACAUGUUGACCGUGAUGGAGACGGACGAGCGGUCAUCCCGGCGGACCACUAUGGCGGUGGAGAACUACUCUGGGGCGUCGAACGACGGGAGCAGGCGGCCGAGUGCGAGUAUAGGGAGAGGACCUAGCGUCAAGGAUCGGGCGAACGCUUGGGAAAAUACCUCUCAAGCUGGCCCAGGUCCAUCGUCUACGUCAUCCAAAUCUACCUCGCCCGUCCGCGCAAAACGAGCUCUACCGGACCCCAACUUCCAGCCGUCGCCCGCCGGGUCCAGCCGAAGCGGCACUGCGCCUCUGCGCGUCGCCAAACGCCCCUCUCCCGCUCCAUCCACCCUCACGCCCACAUCGGUAUCCCCCAAUCCACCUCGUCGGAUCCCUAUCCCCGCUACGGCACCCCAGCAGCGCACCGGCGUCUUCUACAGCGAGCCAGAUACCAUGACUACCCUGUCAGUCCCGCGCUCCGCCGAGCUCAAGAGAGGGACAGGAUCAGCCAAGAGAAUGAUCCAGCAAUGGGAGAAUCUUCCGCCUGAUGGUUCACCCACGCGGCGCCGACUACCAUCGACCGGUCUCGCCCUUCAGCCCAGCAAAAGGGUGUACAGCCGGGACUAUCUCGACGCAAAACCCCUCCCGGUCCCCUCUGCCACUCCUCUCCCUUCGUCCAACUACUAUUCGGCCGCGAAAACGUACACUCCGCAACAGAUGACUACGCCGACCAGGCUCCACCGUCCUUCCCCACUACAGCACCUCCAAACUCCCUCUCAAACAGCUUAUCGGUCUACAUCGCCCACCUCGCCGAGCCAAUACUCCCUCUCCACCAGUCCGUCCAGCGGGAAGGGCAGGGGUAAGUCUCCGCUGAAGGAUAUGCUCAACAAGUUUGGUGGCGGUGUGCGGGACGUAGGUCGCAAGAUGGCAGGGAAGAGCAAGGAGAAGUUUGGGAAGAGUAAGGAGUCUCUAGGCGGGAGUAGCAGGGAGGAUCUGCAUUUCUGGGAGGAGGCGAGGAACGAGCGGCUGGGAACGAACGGGCUUCCUGGCGGGAUCGUCUUCAACGACCGGAUGGGCGACCAGGAAAUGAGCGCGAGAAAGGAUGACGUUCAGGUCAUUCGCUCCAGCUCGGUCGUCUACCUCGUCCCCACCCCCUGCUCCUCCCUGUCGCCAUGGGGAUCCUGGCUCACAUCCUUCGCCACCCUCUCCAGCGACCACCUUCGAAUCACCUAUUGCCCCGUCUUCCCCUCAAACCAAUCCGGUCGGUCCACUCCGCGUAGAGUGAUCUCCGGCGCACAUCCAUCCGCCCCGGCAUUCCCUUCUGUCCCCUUCAAUGCCAUUCCUCUUCCUGCAGCAGGCCAAGAACCCGACGUCGAGAUGAACAUGAAGGACUGUGUGGAAGUCCGGAGUCUGCGCAGGGAGGAGAUCAAGGGGAGGGGGAUCCCGCCUGCCCCGGAAGGAAUAGGGACAGAGGUAUUGGAGAUGGUCUGGAAUGACGGGGGGAGGCGGUACAUCGGGGUAGAGGGGGUUAGUGGGCGACUGGGCUGGGUCAGCGCUAUCUGGGACGUACUAUUAGCUUGCCAAUCCUCCAACCCCUCGAAUCUUCCUCCACCGUCCCCCACCGCCUCUUCUAUGAAGAUCACCACCGCCCGCAAACCUCCCCUAUCCAUCUCACCACACGGAUCCUUCGCUUAUCCACCGCACGAGCCCCCUCCCGAGCUCCUUGCUUUCCGAAACCGCAUUGCCUCGGCGGAGAAACAGGCGUACUCUCCCGACCCGCCCAAAACUACCGCUCCGCCCGUUCAGAAGGUUGGGGAUGCCUGGGUCGCAGCGAGCGUCAUUGCGCCCCGGGAUGAAUCGGUGGAUAUGGAUCGCGCCCCGAGCGCCGAGAACCUCCGGGACAGCGUGCAGCGGAUGUUUGGCCAGCCACCGCCCGACCUACCUAUCAAUCCCCCAACCCAUCCGGUCGAUCCGGGGCUGCCGAGCGGAAGGGAAGAAGAGGCGGACCCCAUGGAGCGCGUCAAGCAAUGGCAGCAGCCGGAACCUACAACGCAGCACCUCUCCAUCUUCCGCCUAGCGGGGGGCACCAUCCCAGCUACGGAAAUCGGCGAGCCGGCGCGCAAAACCGAUACGCUGCUCAGCUUUGAUCCGAACGACCUCAACCCGUCUCGCUCGGCUUCGCAGGUCCGGCGGCAGACCACCAUCGGCGGCGGAGUCGAGGGCCUGCGGAGGCGAUACGAGCCCCAGCUGGGCUUGGCGGGGAUAGAGGAGGGGUCGGACUCGCAAGCGACUGGCGCGACCAAGCCGCCUACGCAUAUCAGUCAUGUCACUUUCCCGAAGCCUGCGAUGGGCGGUCUACGGAUCGGCGCGUACCAGCCCCUCUCUCCACAUCCCGAGGGGACAGAAGGGGGAAGUGCGCUUGACGAUUCGCGACGCUCCACGACAUCCGGAACGGACUCGGCCACCCUCCGGACACCCCACACCAUCCAGGAGAGCAUCACUACCGUCCAGUCAAGCGUAGACCAGACGGUCCUCGCUAAGCUGGACGACCACUCCACCGAGCAUACUCAGCUCGGACAGCAACUCAGCGGCGUCCAAGACGACCUUCAAAAGGUUAUCGGGACCCUCACUUCCCUCGUCGCGGGUGCGGGUCUCGAGAGGGACUCGGCCAAAGGCAUGGAGGGGAAACUCGAUACAGUCGCUUUGGACGUCAAAGCCAUCGAGAAUGCACUCAACCUCAACUCGCUCUCGAUGCGCUUGCCGCCGAGUUUGACGGCGGGUCAGGACGAGGAGCAGACGAUGGAUGGUAAGAUGCCGGAGAUGCAUCGGAAGCUGGAUGCUAUUGCCAAGCUGUGCGAGGAUCUGCUCGCUAGGCCAGGAGUGGGAGGAGGGGCUGUACUUGCUGUCGCUGGGAGCGGAGGGGAUCUGGCGAAGAGCGCAGAGAGGAUGACACCGCCGCCGGCGGCUUCGGUGGCUAUGGGCAGGAAGGGGAGUCUGGGCAUCACCGUUGACGCCAACGAAGAGAAGGAGGCCGGAGAGGAGGUUGCUGCUAUCAUGACCGACUUGACCGGCAACUCAUCGAAAGCUUCACCUCGAGUCGGCGGUAUCCAGGUCCUGCACAGCGUCUCGAAACCGCCAAGUCCCACCGGGAUGGCUGUCGACGCUAACAAAGAGCCCGAGCUCCCCGAAGAUACGCGAAAGCAGGUUGGCGAGGUGCUCACGCUCGUCCGGGAUCUCAAGGACGCUCGAGCGCUCCAGACUCAGCAGACGACCGAUAUUGCCCGAUACCUAUCCGAGCUCAACGCAUGGCUCGAAAAGUUCGUCGUCAAUUCGACCAAAGAGCUCACUGGCCUCAACACCCGCCUCACCUCCCUCGUCGGUCCUGAUGCGCCCCAAGGAACCGAUGACUCGGGCGCUCCCCAUCCGCCUAUCGGCCUACCGGACCUUGUGGCCGAUAUGCAUGCGAUGGUAUCGGAGCAGAAACGCCGUGCUGAGUCGGAAGGGAUGGUAGGCCAGAGGUUGGAUGCGUUGUUGCAGAUGAUGGGGGAGGAGAAGGAUCGGCAUGCGGGUCAGCAGAACACGGUCGAGCAGGUGAUUGGGCUCCUCGACCGUCAAAGGCAGGAUAAUGAGAUCCUCCUCCGUGCGCUAGCGACGGACCUGACUAGCGAGAUCAGAGGGGAGCGGAUCCGAUUCGUUGAGGCCAUGCAACAGGCAACUUCGGUCAACGUCAACUUACACGUCGAGGAGUUCAAGAAGCUGCUGGGUACAGAGGUCGCCAAGUCCAUGCAGGAGCUCGGCCAGAUGCGAGAGGAGAAGAAGGCGCUUGAGCAGAAUAUUUCGGAUCUGUUUGCGCUCAAGGCCAAGCAUGGGAUUAUGAACACUCGGAGCAACAGCAAGAAGGGAGGCGGACCGCCUACGCCCGCGUCGCCGGGGAGUGCGCUGGGGAGGGGGUUGCCGGCUCCGCCUGCUGGGAGACCGCGAUAA